UAUGGGUGGGCGUGAAAAAACGUGAUGGAAUGCAGAGAUGGUCUGCCGUUAUUUCGAUAUACCCACGUUCACCGUGUGUGUACAGCAUCUCGGGAGAAGGAGCUGUUGGAGAAGGAGCAGCGCUCCCGUAAGCAGUAUGAGCGCUCCCUGGAGGAGCGAGGGAGGCGUCUGGAGGAGCAGCGGCAGAGAGAGGAGCGUCGCAGAGCUGCUGUGGAGCAGAAGAGGAGGCAGCGUGGUGAGGAGGAGAAGGAGCACCUGGAGGAGCUGAUGCGGCGCUCGGAGGACCGCGGCCCCCCGCUGGAGCAGAGACCCAAGCGCUGGACAUGGGGCGGCCCGCCACGAGCCUGCGAGGGUAAUCCUAAGAUUGCCCCGCCCUCUUCUGCUGCUUCCUCCAUCUUAGCCAAUGAGCCUGCUUCUCUCCUGUCUGCCAACCAAUCCAAAGCCGUACCAGACUUCAUGAUUCCGCCGGACUGUCCAGAGCUGGACCUGAUCGCCUGCCUUUCCUCCUCUAACUCCUCAGCUGCUUUAGCACAAACAAGAGGGAGAGGCAAGUGUAAUUCAUUCCACUACCAAACAUCAGCCAUUAUUCUGUCCUCUCAUCAUCCCUGUAUGACCUCUGACCCUCCGCUGUCGUUCCUUUGUCCUCGUUUAGCCUCACCCAGCCCCCACAGGUCUCCGUAUAAGGCCUCACCGAGCAGAGCCGAGCGCAGGAAGACCAGCUCCCCAUCUGGACCAUUGGAGGAAUCCCAAGGGGCCGCCACGACCCCCAAAACCCCCCAGACAGAGAAACAAGCCGGCGUGGUCACUGAGUCCUCAGCAAAGCAACUCGAAUCUCCCAUGACGCCCACCAAGAGCUUAGCUGGCUGCAAGAAGCCCAGUACACCCAAAAGGUCCAGGUCAUGUAAGAGCCGUAUCCAGUCUCCGUGUUCUCCCGGCCAAUACCCCAGCUCACCUAUGAGGCACAGAGCCGUGACCCCGGGUGCAGAGAGCAACAAGAGGCUGGAUGGAGAGGACAAAGGACUGGAGAGUAAAAACUCCAGCACUCUGGAUAGGAAAACAACAAAGACUGAAAAGAUUCCCAAAUCUACAAGCAGAGAACUCGGACAUAACGGAGAGUCUCCAGUGACUCCGACUGGAAAAGCUGGAACCACUGAUGCUGAGGAGGCCUCCAGAGUGCUGGCUGAGAAACGGCGGCUGGCCAGAGUGCAGAAGGAACAAGAGGAGAAACAGCGACUGGAAGAAGAGAGGCUUAAGGCCGAGGAGUUUGAGAGGAAGCAGGCGGAGGAGCGGGAGCGACAGGAGCAGGCGGCUCAGCAGGCGGAGAAGGAGCGGCAGAGGCAAGAGGAAGAACGCAGGAAGAAAGACGAAGAUGACAAGCGGCAGAAGGAAAGACGUUUGAAAGACCUCCAGGAUCAGCUGGACAGAGAGAGGGAGGAGGCUUACCAGAGGGUGCAGAGGGAGGCGGAGAGGAAGCAGCUAGAAAGAGAGCAGCUGAAACUGCAGGAAGAGCAAGAGAGACUGCAGAGGAAGAAGCGCAUCGAGGAGAUCAUGAAAAGGACAAGGAAAACUGACGUGGAGCCGAAGAAAGAUGACACGCACGUCGAGUCAAGCUCCUCCGUGAUAGAGUCGGUCUCUGUCUUGGAGUCUGCAGAUGCUGGACAGAUUAAUGGUCCCUCCAUCAGGUCCUCAGAAAGCUCCACUUUUGCCGAGUUUAAGAGAGGAUUCUCUUCGUCCGUCAUGGCUGGCUCACCCGUGAUAACCUUACAGCCUCUGGAAGCUAAGGGGAGUGCGGCUGAUGAUCUUUCAGAUGGUGUCCAGUCCAUGGAUGUCAGCCCAGUCUCUAGAGAGGAGCUGAUGCAAGAAUACUCUCCUGUCAGCGAGAGCUCAGAGAACCUCAUGAGGAACCCCCAGGCGCUGGAUCUCCUGCAUCUCACCGGAGAAGCUGCAUAUCCUAAAGCUGGGGACUGCAACAAAAACCUGAUCCAGAGCUUCAGCAGCACCGCUGCAGACUCGGCGCUCAUCCAGGGUCUCGGGCCGAGCAUGGAUAAGCUCACUGUCUAGUGCAGCAGGGUAUACGUCACAUCUUGGCUGUGUUGAAGAAUGGUUUGGGAUUGUCUGUUGUGCCUCUGUUCCAGCUCGUACAAGCUUCUCCGCGAGAAACCCGUCUGCAUCCUGCGGAAAAAGGAAGGAGCGCUGAAUCAAGUAGUUAUAAUACGUAGAAUAAUAAUAAUAAUAAUAAUAAUUAAUAAUAAUUUUCAAAAGAGCUUUGCCUUUUCUUCAUAGGUAUACC